UUCUGCUCGCACAUGACCAAAGACGAGACGAGGGCGCUCCGUAGUGUGUGCGAGCGUCGGGGGCCUUGAAAACGAACGAUCUCGAUCUCCGCACUGCGGGGCUCUAGUGCCAACCACACGAUCUUGGCCCGAAUGAUUUCCGUCAUUGUACUCUUCGGGUGGUCGAUGGGGCGGCAUUCGAAAAUCGAACGACAUUUCCAAGGGCCACGCGGUGUCCAAGUCCAUUUCAAGAUGCCACGUCGGUCGUUGGUGGUGGCGUUGCUAUGGCUUGCCUGUGUGGAUGCUGCACAGAUAGCUAUCAUCAACCGCCAUGCUGAAGCGCCUGUGCCCGUCUCACCGGUUGACCAACAUGUCCCGUUGAGCCGCGGGUCGGAACGACCGCCGCCGCCGCGCGUCCCUGGUGGAAGCGGCAAUACGUUGUUUGUUGGUCUGUCAUCUUUCCGCGAUGCCACUCGAUGCGGCUACACAAUCUUCACUGGGUUUCAGCGCGCCACAUACCCGUCACGCGUGCAAUUCGGAGUCGUCGAUCAGCUGAACGACGGAGACGAGAGCUGUUUGGAUGCUUACUGCGCGCUAGCUCGACAAACGUGGCCAGGUCACGAAGAUUGUCGCUACAAGGACCAGAUUAAGGUCGACACUCGACCCGCCAGUGAAUCGCGGGGCCCCAGCGUCGCUCGGCACUAUCAACAAGCGUUAGUCGGCGACGAAGUGUUUUGCCUCCAGUUGGAUGCCCAUAGCAUCUUCACUCGCGACUGGGACUCGCGGCUUGUCCAAGAAUGGAGCCGCGCCCAAAACGAAAUGGCCGUUCUCACGACAUACCUCCACGCGUACAGUGCUCAGUACGUCGACGCUGACGGCACGAACGUCGACCCAGGGCAAUACCCCCACUUGUGCUCGACGCUUCGAGGAGCCAACGACUGCAUCCGAAACGAGGGAGCGAGUAUGCUACUCGGGGCAACGCUUCCGCAGUUGACAGCGCUAUGGGGGGCCGGAUUCAGCUUUAGCAAAUGCCAUGCCGAGAAGCGCGUGCGCAUUGACCCGCAUACCCUGUGGAUGUUUGAUGGGGAAGAGUUUUUGCGGGCGUCGCAUUUGUGGACGCAUGGCUAUGACAUGUACAGCCCCAGCAUAUCCGUCAUCUACCACAACUACUCAUCCGUGCCAGAGCGAUUUCAUGAAAUUCCCGUGAACUUUAUCACACGAGCUCAUGAGAACAUGCUCGGUGUUAAUCGCUAUCGACAGGCCGUCGGCCUUCCUUACUCUGGGCCGCUUGAUACGACGGACAUGCAACUGUACGCCUAUGGUCCCGUGCGCUCGUUUCAGGAGUACCUCGCCUUUGCCGGUAUCGAUUUGACUGCCGCCCACGAUCCUGGCUCGUGCAAGCAACUACGCUGGCAGCCCUACAAAGAUGCGACGUCAGUUGAGGCGCUGUUGCCUGGGUGGACCAUGCACCCUCUCUUGGCCGCCAAGGCCGACACCAAUGCCUCGGUGGACGUCGACGGUGCUCAACGUCGUGAGAACGAUGCCGUGCCUGCAGAAGGACUGCCCGCCGUCGACAUCCUCGGCAUUCGCGACGGAAAAGUCCUGAGCGGGUCGCUCCUGCGCGUCCACACGUUGUCGAAAGGCGGCGUGCCAUACCAAGUCCACGUAACAAUUGCGAUGGUCGCAAUUCUCGUGGGACUCGUCGCGUUUGUCGUCAAAGCAAACCGCCGGGCGGUGCGGCGCCAACUCAAAAAGUUUGUGGUCAAGUAGCGCAGCCGGACCAGUUCCAUGUCGGGGUUUGGUUUGCCAUGGAGGCAGCACGUCAUCGACACCCGUCAUGUCGUUUGUACGAGCCCCAUCCAACGUGGUGCCACGUAACGAAUCUAAUUGCAACGCGAGGAGCGAGAGUGAUUUCGCAUGCAAAGUCAUGGCGACCAUGGUGUCUGCAAUGGGAGUGGUUGGCCUGCUGGCAAAAACGCCCUCCUGACGGGCAAGCGCCCAAAUCGAUCGUUAGAAUGGCACGCACGUUGGCAUCUGUGUUGUAGGAUGAAGCCCGUACGAUCUUACGAUGGCGCAACGGCGGCGGCAGUGUUCUUGUCGACCGUCCCUGCGAUGACGCUCUGCAGCGACGCCAUAUCUCGGACGAGUCGCGCCGCGCAUUGCAGAAUCGGCACCAAAAGCACAGCUCCCGUGCCUUCUCCAAGUCCCAUGUUCAUGUGCAGCGGCGCGCGAGUCCCCUGCCCGCCCAGCGCUUCGAGCAGGAUCGAAGCACCCUUUUCCCGGCUCUGAUGCGACAGGAAUAAGGCAUUCGACAUGGUGUCCGGCUCCAUACGCAGCGCACACAAUGCCGCGGCGCCCGAAAUGAAUCCGUCCACGACGACGGGCGCGCGCCACUUUGCAGCUUCGAGCAUGGCGCCGCACAUGGCUGCGAUCUCAAGCCCCCCCACCGCAGCCAAGAUGCUCAAAACAUUCCCUUCCUGGAUGCGAUCCGCAUUCGUGGCUAGGGCUUGUUUCACCAACCGAACUUUUCGCUGAACACCUUCAUCAUCGAGGCCGGUGCCGCGGCCACAUACGCCUUCCGCCGCGGCAUUCGUGAGGGCGGCAACGAGUGCACUAGCUGCCGUCGUAUUGCCAAUGCCGAGCUCACCCACACACACGAUGUUGCGGCCAAUUUGUGCGACGUAUUUCUUGGCUGUGUCGCGGCCGAGUUGGAUGGCAUCUUGGCACAUCUCCAACGUCAUAGCAGGACCCUGCGUCAUGUCGUUGGUGCCGCGAGCAAUGCGCAGGGAGCUUUCACGGUCGCUAUCGAUGCCAACAUCAAUGCACGCGACGGGAAUUUGCAAGGCCGACGCCAUCACCGCUACGGCAGAUCGACCUUGAUGCGUUGUCUUGUACAUGAGCUCCGUCACUUCGCGGGGGUAGGCCGACGGUCCAUCCGCGGGCCCUCGCUUCGUAAUGCCAUGGUCGGCGGCGAAGACGAGGCAUGUUGGAGCAUCCACGACCGGGGUCAACGUUUGCUGCAGUACACAGAGCUGGACCGCCAAAUCUUGGACGUGACCCAGAGCACCUGGUGGUUGCGCCUUUCCAUUCAUGAGCUCUGUGACGGAGUCCUUGGUGAUGAUCGCAUCCAUUGCGCUCGCAGGAGUCGGCAUUGCACUGGAGC